UGCAGUUGCAAACCCUCUGAUAAAACUUUCCGACGACUCUCGAGAGCUGAGUCUGGCCAUGAUGAAGCUCCAUUGCUCGCAGCCAUGGCGGGGUUGCUGCACUUCCAAGGCUUUCCGGGCUCUAUUCUACUCAACGAAAGCCUUAACUUCUUCCCCAAGCCCUGAGGAUUCUCUGUACCGAAGGGUUUCUCAGGCAGGCGAUCCUCGAAUCUCCAUUCGUCGCGUUCUGGACCAGUGGGUCGAAGAAGGCCGACUAGUCAAGAUAUCUGACCUCCAAAAGCUUAUCAAGCAGCUCAGGAAGUUCCGUCGCUUCAACCAUGCUCUCCAGUUGUGUGAAUGGAUAAGUAAUGAAAUGAACCAUGAUCCAUCGCCUGGGGACAUUGCUAUUCGGUUGCACUUAAUUUCAAAAGUUUAUGGUUUGGAACAAGCAGAGAAGUAUUUUAGCAGCAUCAACGAAUCUUCAAGAGAUUAUAGGGUCUAUGGAGCGCUUCUAAACUGUUAUGUGGAGGAUAGAGAUUUGGAGAAGGCAGAGGAAAUCAUGCAGAAGAUGAGGGAAUUAGGAUUUAUGAAAACUCCACUGUCCUUUAAUGUUAUGUUAAGCCUUUAUGCUCAUCUGGGUAAACAUGAGAAACUAGAUGCAUUAAUGGAAGAGAUGGAAGAGAUGGGAAUCGCUCAUGAUAGAUUUACAUAUAACAUUCGAAUGAAUGCUCACGCAGCUACUUCAAAUAUAACAAAUAUGGAAAAGCUUUUGUUGAAGAUGGAGGCUGAUCGACUAAUUACCAUGGACUGGCACGCUUAUUAUGUUGUAGCAAAUGGAUACUUCAAAGCUGGUCUUUCUGAAAAGAGUAUAAUGAUGCUGAAGAGAUCAGAGCAACUCAUUGGUGAUAAGCAAAAGUGGUUUGCAUAUGAAUGUCUCAUUACGUUGUAUGCUGCGAUUGGGAAUAAGGCCGAGGUGUAUCGGGUUUGGAACUUGUACACUAAUCUGAAAAGAAGAUACAAUACGGCAUAUCUUUGUAUAAUAAGUUCGCUGAUGAAACUGGAUGAUAUUGAGGGUGCUGAGAAAAUCUUGAAGGAAUGGGAAUCAGGAGAUACAUGUUUUGACUUUAAAAUUCCAAACAUGAUGAUAAAUAUUUAUUGUAGGAAGGGACUUGUGGACAAGGCAGAAGCAUAUAUAAGCAGGCUUAUGGAGAGUGGCAAGGAACCACAAGCAAAUACUUGGGAUCGACUAGCGACUGGAUAUCAUGCUAAUGGUCAGACAAUGAAGGCAGUGGAAACUAUUAAGAAAGCGAUUUCAGCUAGUCAACCAGGAUGGAAGCCUAAUGACCAUACUUUGGCUGCAUGUCUUGAAUUUUUGAAAACAAAUGAAAAUGUGGAGGUUGCAGAGGAAAUCAUAAGGCUCCUUAGAAAACACGACAUUGUUUCCAUUCGUAUUUGCGAUGGAUUAGUAGAUUAUGUUCACAGUGAAAUCCAAACUUCAAGUGCCCUUGAUCAGCUUGGGCUGGAUGGUCAGAUUGAGAGACACAAUCAUGCGUCUGAUCGGAACAAGCUCGACAUAGCUGAGGUAAAGUAUGAAGAGACUUCUGAUAGUAUGUGAAGCUUUUUUCUUCUCACCAUUUCUUUUUUUUAUAGUACGGUAUUAAUGUUUUGCAAUUUUCUUGAAAUGCCCAGAUAUUUGGAUUUAGUAGUUUAUAAAAUCUUAUCAUCUGCUAAUA